UGCAAAAUCAUGAAAACAAAACACCAAUUCCAUCUCUUUCAUUACAGACCACCAAAAUUCACCCUCACACACACACCCCCAUUGACUUUACAACAAUAAUAUUCUCACACACCCACCCAUGGCGGCACCCAGCCGGCACCGGAAACUCACCCAAUAUUCCUCUGCACCAUCUCCGAUCCACACCCCAGACACCAUCGAAUUUUUAACUUGCCCGCUUCAAUGCGACCCCUUAUACAACCCCACCCACAUCUGCUCCCGUGAAUGCUCCUCCGUCUGCCCCACCUUCUGCCACCCAGAAUAUUCCCCUACACUAUCGCCCUCCACCACCCCCUACGCCACCUUAACGCCGCCCGAUCACCACCGCCACCAACCGUUCUCUCUCCCCUUAAAAAUCUCCUUCUUGUUCCUCAUCGCCACCUUUAUCUACACCCUUUAUAAGUUUUACACCAUCUGGUGCCGAUCACGACCACAACGUACGAUUCCGCAGCCAGAGUUGGUGGAAAAUCAAGAAUCUAAUGUUGUUGUUGAUCACCCGAUAUGGUAUAUCAGGACAACGGGUCUUCAACAGUCCGUGAUCAACGGUUUAGCCGUUGUGAAGUUUAGUAAAGUCGACGGUGUAGGAGUUGUUGAAGGGACUGAUUGUACUGUUUGUUUGACUGAAUUUGAAGAAGAUGAUACGUUAAGAUUGUUGCCUAAUUGUAAACAUGCGUUUCAUGUGAAGUGUAUUGAUACAUGGCUUAGAUCACACACAAAUUGCCCCUUGUGUCGUGCCGUGAUUGUUAAUGAUAGUAGUAAUAAUGAUACGGUUGAUGCGACGUCGUUUGAGGAGAGUGAUGGUGGUUUGGGGGUUGUGGGGGUUAGGGGUGGUGAUCAAGGGGAAGCUAGUGGGAGUUCUGGGUUGAGAAUUGGGGGGAAUGAUGAAGAGGGUGGAAAAUGAUGAUUGGGGAAAGUGAGAGGGGUGGUUUUGAAAAUUUUUAUUAGGGUGUUUUGGAGUUGAGAUUUGUGUAGUGGGACAUCACAAGAAGAGUUCAAUUGCAUAUAGGUUCUGGUGGUGUUGUAUGAGGGAUUAUUAAUUAUUUUGAGUGGACGAAGACAAUGGUCGUCUUCCUAUGGUGAUGGUGAUAGUGAUGGUUGGAGGGUAAUCCUUCGACGAGGGUUUGCAUGUUGAGAAUGUGCAAGUUCAAAGCGUUGAUUUCAGCUCUCUACUUUUUAUUAUUCCGUGUUUGUGUGGUUAUAAAUGUGAGCUUCACAAUGAGUUUCAAACACUUAACUAGUCACUAUUAAUUGCUUUGAUCAAUGUUAUGUAA